GUCUGUAUUAUCCGUCAAUAAGCGUCGUAAACUUGAACGUGAUAGUAUCACCGGCGUAUGCCUUUUAAUAAAACAUAUAGUAUCGUUGUCCAUGACAACAUUACCGCAGUGGGCUGGAACUCAUCCUGUCGUAGACUUUAGUUUGUGUUGUGAAUACAAAGGAAUUUUAUUUACGAAUUUACAAUUAUGAAUCAGCGGAAUCGUGUACUGAGAGCAGCUCUAUGGAUUCUGUUCACAGUUGUCAUUCCAACAAAGACACAAAAUGUAAAUCCAAUUAUCUCGCUCGUAAAGUUUCUCGAAGAUGGUUCUCACGAGCUCGACAAAGAACCACCAGACCAAACGAUCAUGCUUUCAGAAUACGACUUUAUUGUUAUCGGUGCUGGAACAGCGGGUUGUGUUAUUGCCAAUCGCCUAACUGAAAUACCAGAUUGGAAAGUUUUACUUUUAGAAGCGGGCAAUAACGAAAACUUCGUAAUGGACAUACCUUUACUGGCAAACUAUCUUCAGUUCACAUCUGCAAACUGGGGCUAUAAAACCAAACCUUCUGAUAGAUACUGCGCGGGAUUUGAAAAUCAACAGUGCCAUUGGCCACGAGGAAAGGUCGUUGGAGGAUCUAGUGUAUUAAAUUAUAUGAUUUAUACAAGGGGUGCGCCUCAAGACUACGAUAACUGGCAAGCGAUGGGAAACGAAGGCUGGGGAUGGGAUGAUGUCCUGCCAUAUUUUAAGAAAAUUGAAAGUUUUAACAUAAAAUCUUUCGAUAAUCCAGACUAUCACGGAUAUGACGGCUAUUUGAACGUGGAACACGCACCCUUUCGAACUACAAAAGCUAAAGCAUGGGUUAAAGGAGCUAAAGAGUUAGGAUUUAAAUAUGGAGACUAUAACGGCGCAACUCCGUCAGCAGUUUCGUUUCUGCAGUUGUCUAUGAAGAAUGGUACACGACAUAGUUCAAAUAGAGCUUACUUACAUCCCAUUAACAAGAGAAAUAAUCUUUAUGUAUCGAAAUCCAGUCUGGUGACAAAACUUCUCUUUGAUCCGACAAAUACGAAAGUUAUAGGGAUAGAAUUUGAAAAAAGGGGAAAGAAAUAUAAAGUUUUAGCUAAAAAGGAAGUUAUAGUCGCUGGCGGUACCAUUAAUUCACCUCAACUCUUGAUGUUAUCAGGUAUAGGUCCAAAAGACCAUUUGGAAUCCCUUAAAAUUCCUGUUGUUAAAGAUUUACCUGUUGGAUACAAUUUAAUGGACCAUAUAGCUGCCGGUGGCAUACAGUUCAUGGUAAAACAGCAAAAUGUCACUAUAACUACCGAUUACAUCUUGAAUCAUUUAGAAUUAGUAUUCAAGUGGAUGAGAACACAUAAAGGACCACUAUCAAUACCCGGUGGGUGUGAAGCACUCGUAUUCAUGGAUCUAAAAGACAAAUUUAACGGGACCGCUUGGCCAGAUAUGGAACUUCUUUUUAUCGGUGGCGGAUUAAAUUCUGAUCCGUUAUUACCACGAAACUUUAAUUUCGACGAGGAAAUUUUCCUAGACACAUAUAAAGACUUGGGAAGAAAUGACUUGUUCAUGGUAUUCCCCAUGUUAAUGCGCCCGAAAUCAAGAGGUAGAGUUAUGUUGCAAAAUCGAAACCCAAAAGUACAACCAACCCUGAUACCAAAUUACUUUGACCACCCCGAGGACUUAGAAAAAAUCGUAGAAGGAAUCAAGGUUGCAAUAGAAAUUUCAAGACAGUCGUCUAUGAGAAAACUGGAGACAAAAAUGUACGACGUGCCAAUUGAGGAAUGUCUACAAUACGGGCCAUUUGGAAGCGAUGCUUAUUUUGCGUGCCAAGCCCAGAUGUUUACAUUUACCAUAUACCAUCAAAGUGGUACUUGUAAAAUGGGAGACAAGAGCGACCCUUCUUCCGUUGUUGAUAAUAGACUACGAGUCCACGGUAUCUCUGGAUUAAGGGUUAUAGACGCUAGUGUAAUGCCAGAAAUAGUAUCAAGUCAUACAAAUUCUCCUGUAUUUAUGAUUGCAGAAAAAGGAUCAGAUAUGAUUAAACAGGAUUGGGGCCGAAAAACUUAAUAAUUAUGGAUAAUAUAGUAUUAUAGAUAAUUAUAUUUUUAGCUGUGAUUUAAUUAGGUGUAAUAAUUUAUUUUUAGAAAUAAAAUGUUAGCAAUGCAUUUGUUUUGUAUAAAAUAGAUAAAUAUUAAUAACUAGCAGACCGGCCAAGCGUUGCUGUGGCUAAGGUUUUUGUUAUAUUACAUAGUAAAACGGUACACGUAACGUACACGGGGCAAGGGAAACGGUAGGAGAAUACCAGUCAUGGGGAUCACCAUGCUUUUUUGGUGGUUAUGCCAUUAAAUUGUAGCUUAUGUGAAACGUUGGUACUUUCAACA